AUGAACCCGGACCACGUGACCGACGGGGAAAAGAAAAAUGUUGAGGUCAAAAAUGUUGAGGUCAAUGACGGCUACUCAGAUGCAGCCAAGAAGGAUCCAAGCAGGAGGAAUAAGGAGCAAAAAGAACCCAGCCUGAAGAUCACCAUUCAUCUGGAUCUGGUUGCUGAGGUCGAUAUCAAGAUCAAAGCGCAGCUAUAUGGCGAUGUUGUGAUUGGUUUGCUUUGA